AUGGCUUCUUGGCUCCAGAUCCCCAAGAACUCGCCAUUCUCGCUCGCUAACAUCCCGUUCGGCAUCAUCUCAACACAAUCCGCACCAAAGGCAGCUGCGAUUGCAAUCGGUGAUCAUGCAUUGAAUUUGAGCGCAUUCGCUUCAUCUGGAGGCUUCUCACAGCUACCAGCUAUCGAGCAACACCUGGCUGUUUUUAGCCAGCCGACACUGAAUGACUUCGCUGCACUUGGUCGCCCUGUGCACCGACAAGUGCGCGAGUAUCUACAAAACGUCUUCCGCGCCGACACAAAGUUCCCACAGGUCCUUAAGGACAAUUCCUCCCUCCAAAAGUCAGCCUUGCUGCCCUUGUCCCAGGUUACCAACCACGUUCCCAUGCAAAUUGGCGACUACACUGAUUUCUACGCUGGUCUGAACCACGCCUACAACAUUGGCGUCCUCUUCCGUGGCCCGGACAAUGCGCUCCAGCCUAACUAUAAGCACCUUCCCGUUGCCUACCACGGCCGUGCCUCUUCCGUCGUAGCUUCAGGCACACCCCUCCACCGUCCCCAGGGUCAGAUCCUAGCGAACCCCGCCGCGGACCCCAAGGUGCCUACUUUCUCUCCUUGCAAGAAGCUCGACAUCGAACUGGAGCUUGCUUGCUUCAUCAGCAAGCCCAAUGAUCUCGGCAAGCCUGUCCCAAUCGACAAGGCCGAGGACCACAUUUUCGGUCUGGUUCUCAUGAACGACUGGUCCGCCCGUGACAUUCAGGCCUGGGAAUACAUCCCUCUUGGCCCCUUCAAUGCGAAGAACUUCGGUACAACCAUUACCCCUUGGGUGGUUCUGAUUGAUGCGCUUGAGCCUUUCCGUGCUCCUGGCUUGGAGCCUGCGGACCGCGAGUCUCUACUACCCUACCUGCGCGAGAAGCGCGCCGAUAGUGCCUACGAGAUCCCCCUCGAUGUCGAGGUCACGAACCCCGGUGGUCAGCCCACUAUUAUCUCCAACAGCAACGCUCGCAACCUGCUCUACUCUUUCCCUCAGAUGGUGGCUCACCACACUAUCACGGGCUGCAACUUGCGCACCGGUGAUUUGCUGGGAUCGGGUACUAUCUCUGGUAAAGAGCCUAAGACUGAGGGUAGUUUCUUGGAACAGACCAACGGUAAGGUUCCUCUUAAACUGGCGGACGGCUCUGAGCGUAUGUUCCUUGAGGAUGGUGACACUGUUACUCUGCGCGGAAUGGCUGGCACAGAAGGCAACUAUGUCGGCUUCGGCGACUGUGUUGGCACUAUCCUUCCAGCCGUUCCGCUGCAGUAG